GUUCCUAAUAUAAAGUGUUACUUAUAGUUAUUGAAGAUAUUUCUCUUACCAAAGAUAUAAUCAUAAUAUUUAUUUAAAAAGUUGUGCUACUCUAACACUUAAUACACAAAGUAUUGAAUAUAGUAUGAAUUUAAAGGACAUCACAUCCUAAAAUUCAUGGGGUUGUUUCUGGACCACUUUGCCCGUCCUCGGACGACCAUUUCAGCUGAUAAAGGGGUAUACUAUGUUAUUUUUCUUGGUUGCAGAGCGAUUCAAUGAUGUGUUUUCAUGGUGCAAACUGUAAAUUACCCGAACCGGGUAAGUUUUAAAAGGGUAAAUUACAUUGGCAUCUCUUGAGGUUAUAUCUAAUUAUACAAAUAUUACUCGUCUUUUGUAUUAUAGUUAUAAUUACAAACAUAUUUUGUAUUCAAUAACGAAACUUUAUACAAACACCUUUUAGAUACACUGCUCUAACACUUGAGAACAUAUCAAUAUGAUUUGCCCAAACCACAAGAAAAUAUUUUAUAUAUUCAAAAAAAGAAAACAAAAAUUGCACAAACAGUUGGUUGGGGCUUUCUGUAUAUGAACCCACCAACAAAACAUUGUAAAAACAACGAGAAAGUGAAGAAUGAGAGAGCGAAGAGGCAGCCCAUUACCCACUCUUUACGGUACUGCUGCUGACUUUGAUGGAUAGCGUAGACUUUCAUCCCAAUUGGGUAAUUAUUUAAUUCAGAGGACUGCCCAUUCUGUCGACGUCACAAACCGUUGGAUUCAUCGUCCAAGGAUCUGACGGCUUGACACGAAAGAAAAAUCCUGCUGCAAAAGUGCCCUCUCCCGGGCCAAUUGUUUUCUGUUGAUUGAUAUUUUUGUAGAAAGCUCAAAGAUCAGUUGUGUUCAGACGAGCAAAUUCCAGAGAGAGAGAGAGAGAGGAAAGAACAGAGUCAAUUUUGGUAACCAAUAGCUUGUUUCUUCCUGUUCUCUUCACCAGCUCCCACGGAUUGAAUACCCGACUAUGUAAUCUUGCAAUUCGUAGUUGGAGAUUUGUCAAUUUCUGACGUUGGUUUGAUGCUUCUGCUUCACUUUCUCUGUUCUUUGAUGGGGUUUCAUCGUGCUUCGCAUUUGGGCUUGCUUUUUUACAAGAAUAUGGGCUUAUACAGGUUUUUUUCAUCUCAUUCUAUAGCUUGCUAUGGUCUUUUGCAUUUGAAAUUUCGGCAUUGAAUUGAAGCUCCUCUUGGAAGAAUCAAGGAUUUCCAAUCUUCUGUCUUUGUUGUUGAGAUUCACUGAUUUUGUAGUUGUGAGGUGUUUGGAUUGGAAGUUUCAAAUUUGAGCGGCUACCUUGUGUCUUGUCUUCCAAUUCAAAAUCUUAUCCGGGUUAUUCCAGAAUUCUCUUUUUUCAUAUAUAUUUGAAAAAAAAAGGGAAAGAAAAGUGUUGUUCUCAAAUGUCUUGGUGUUUCUCUUUAUACUUUCUUGUGUGAUUCCUCUGUUUUCACUGGCUUCCUACUCUUUUCUGGCUUCUUUGCGUUUGAGUCAUGGGAGUUCAGAAAGAUAGGGUGAGGUUUAACGUUGGUGGCAGAAUCUUUGAGACCACAGCGACGACUCUUGCAAUUGCUGGUCGUGAUUCCCUGUUUGGAGCUAUGUUUGAUGAUAAUUGGGAUCUUCAACCCAAUGUGAUGGGCACCGAGCACUUCAUUGACCGAAACCCUGAUUGCUUUGCUGUCCUGCUUGAUCUCCUUAGGACAGGAGAGCUUUACAUUCCGUCAAACAUUCCUGAAAAAUUACUAUACAGGGAGGCCCUGUUUUAUGGCCUCUUGGACCAUGUCAGGGCUGCUAUGUGGGGCCCAUUUGAUGGUAACAGGCUCCAUUUGGCGCAGUCGAUAAUGGGUCGGGCUCCUGGCGAUGGCACAGCUAUCCGGGCAGGGCCGGAUGGAGGUUGCUGCGUGGCUCACGGCAGUAUGGUUCAUGUGUAUGACUGGAUGCUGGAGGAGCACCCUCCAAUAAGUCUUGAUUACCAGAGGGUGAAUGAUGCAAUUUGGAUCGAUUCGGAAAGCAUUGUGAUCAGUGCUUGUGAAAGGUUGGGGCGGGACGAUGGGGGGAUGGGGUUGUUCAGCGCGUCAACGGGAGAACUAAGGUAUAAGUUUCAUGUCACACAUGAUAACCAGGUAAAGAGUUACACGGGUGGUGCAUUGAGCUUUAAUUCAGAUUACAAGCUGUUCUCCAGCUGUAAAGGUAGGAGCAAUGAAUAUGGGAUCGGCGUCUGGGACCAAUUAACUGGAAAGCAGAUAGAUUUUUUCUACGAACCACCUGGAUGGUCACUUGGUGAUGCAGACAAGUUGCAGUGGUUACAUGGUACCAACUGUUUGCUGGUGGCUACUUUGUUUCCAAGGAAGGAUAAUUGUUACAUCAGUCUGUUGGAUUUUAGAGACAAGAACAUGGUUUGGUGUUGGUCCGAUGUAGGGGCUCCUACAACAGACGAGCGACGGGUCAGGGAUGCGAUAGCAAUGGAGGAGACCAACUCUAUAUGUGUUGUGAACGAGUAUGAGGAUUUAGGAUUCAUGGACUUGAGAAGUUCUGCUGGGGUAGUUAGGUGGAGCUCAAGAAGUCGGUUGAUGAAAGGCAAAAUGCCCGACGAGCCAUGCUAUCCUAAACUAGCAUUGCACGAAGGGCAGCUCUUUUCAUCGAUGAACGACAGUAUUUCAGUUUUCUGUGGUCCAGAUUGGGUACUGACAUCGAGGCUACGAAACAGUCACGGUGGUUCCAUAUGUGAUUUUUCGAUAGGGGGCGACAGGCUUUUCGCCCUACACAGUGAAGAAAACGUGUUUGACAUAUGGGAGACUCGUCCUCCCCCAAUUGUAUGAUGUGUUCAGUGUGAUCGACAUAAUUUGAAAUUGCAGAUGACAAAAUCACAGUUCAAAUUCUUGUAGGUUAUAGAGGAAACAUGAAUUGUUAUAUACAGAUAUGUCCUAACGACAGAACGAAAACCAUACGUUACAACCUGAAAUUUGUCGAUGCUUCGAUUCGACAUCUAAGCAUACUCUAGUACUAAUUGCAUUCAUCACCUGUUGGUCUUCUUUUGAACCCAACCCUCAAUGGCAAUCAUCCCUUUACACCUUUUACUUUUCUGGAAAAAUGAUUCUUAUCCUUGCAAUGCUUUGGACAUUGCAUUGUAACUUCUGAGAGAUUCCUCUGAGACAAGCAGAUAACAAGAUGCCUUGUGCAUGUGAGUAGUUAGAACCUGCUAAGCUGGCCAAGGUUUGGUGAGCUUUGCCCUAAAGUUUUCUUGUUCUAAUGGGCUUAUGAGGUGUGUUCGGGAUGCUGGAUAGAUGAG